UUACAUCUCGUUUGGGAAAACGUGUUCACAGUAUCCGUGAGAAGCGGGGUAUUGAUUGUCUGUCUGUUCUUUUGAAUGUGGUAGCUUUCUGCAAUGUACUGCGUUUUAGUUGACGCGUUCUUGUCCAGCGCUCUUGACUAUGACCGUAUGUUUAAGUCUCUGUCCUGGCCAAGUGAAUCGUGGCCGGGGACGGAGCGGGUCGAAGCGCUGACAGCUUUCGUUGAAGGACUUGGACCGCAUUUGGCCGGUUCGGACACAGCUCCGUUUACAGCUACGACAAAACAACGUAUCCGAGAUAAAAUUGAUUCGGUUAUUUUCAUGCAGUGUCUGCCUCUGCUCUCCAGAAUAUCUGCAGAAGCCGGUGAAGGCGUGCGGUGCAGGGAGAGCAGAGCCGCUGCCUGCAGACUUCUGAGCGUCUGUGUCCAGCUGUGUGACGAGGCUGUACCGGGACGAGUGGCUCUCUCCCUCCUGCCGUCGCUCAAUUUUUCAGAGGACGAACGACCUGAUCCGGGACGACUCACCGUGGAGGUUGCAAGUGAAGCCAUGGCUGUUCUCAUACCUCCUCUGUCGGUUAAUUAUCAUCUCACACUCACCAUCCUGUCAUCUGCUUUGUCCUGUAUAAAAACACUCCCAGAUGCACUGGUUUCCAAAGUCACAGUCAGGCUUCUCUUGACUCUCCUUAACUGUUGCAGCGAUGCGAGGUUAAAAAGUAUCCUCACGUUAAUCCUGGAUGAUCUGUGCAGCUGGCACUCCACUGACCGUACACCUUUGGUUACACAGCGGACAUUAAUGUGUUUGACUGCCCUGUCAGACCACCUGCUGAAAGCCCACAGCAUGGCCUCCGGUGCCCCCGACCCUCGUUUAUCCCUCCAGUUCUGGAGGAUGGUUCAGGAUGGAUUGACGCACAGAGACGGUGUGUCACGUAAGAGGGCGCUGUACCUGCUGAAAAGGUGUGUGGCCCUGUCAGAGGAAGAAGGACUGGACUGUCUACUUUCUCCAUCAGGGGAAGAUGAGAUGUUGUUCAAAUGGGCCCCCAACAGGAGCAAGUUGCUUAGAGAGUUCUGGGAGGAUUAUGCACUGGUGAUGGAGACCCUGGAGGAAAACCAGAUUCACGUCGUCAGACCAGUUCUAAACAGAAUAGACACCUUGAUCCAGACAACAGUGAAUGAUAGUCAAGCUUCAGGUCAAGGCCUGUUCCACCCCUCCUGGCUGCUGUGUGUGUACCAGCGGAUGUUCCACAGUGAGAAUAAAUCCUUAAUGAGAGAGGGAGUGUGUCAUCUGCUCGAGCUGCAGGUCCUCCAGCUGCCAGCCUUUGCUUUGGCCUUUUCUCAGUUUAUCACUGGCCCUUUUAUGGAUGCUUUAUCUGAAACAUCACUCUUCCACAGGUCAGUUGGGCAGAGUGUAGGAGACUGUCCUGAGCUGGGGGCUAAACUACAAGUCUUCAUGGCCACCUUCUUCAGUAGCCUAUCACCAGAGCAUCGAGGUUGUGUGCUGCUGCAGCUGAUUCAGCAGCUGAGCUCUAAGCACUGGUGUGCGGUACCCCUCCUAUUUCUUUCCCAGGCGCUAUCCAAACUCCCACUUAGUCCGCUGCUGGGGAUCGAGGGGCUCACUGCUGUAAGGGAGUUAAUGCGCUGCACCAUGAUCACUCAUCAAGUCCUGCUGAGAGGCCUGAAUACCGUCCUCUGCCUGACAGAUGUGAUUGCAGUGACCCUGGAUGAUGUUUUUUGUUUCCUGAUGCAUUUCCGUGCAGACGAGUCACUGUGUAGAGGAACACAGAUUUGGAUCCAGCUGUGUGCCUGGCUGUCAGACAGCGAAGGCAGUUUCAAGCCCAGGAUCAUGGAUGGUGAUGCAGCAAAUAAAGAAACUGUAAGAAGUUAUGUUCAAAGCGAGAUACAAACCUAUCUCAGAGUCCCAGCUUGCACAGGUCGGUCGGAGGCAUUGCCCGACCCUAGAGAGGCUGAUAAGUUGGCCAUGGCUGUCCUGCUGUGUGUGGACAUGGAGAAAAGUCACCCUGGCACAGAAAUUGGUAACACUCUGGAGUCAUUACUGUCUUCUCUGCUGGACACCCUGAGCAGAGUCAGCACCAGUGUCUACUUGCCUGUGCGUAAAAGUGACAAGAGCCUGCAGCUCAUGCUCCGGCUGCUCCAGUAUGGAGGAACACCAGGUUGUCAGCGUGUUGGACAGGAGAGAGGAGACUGUGUGAGUGUUGCCAUGGAGAGGCUAAUGUUUAAAUGUGUAGAUCCAAUCCAGCAGUUUAUCUUGAGGCGGCUGUGUGGGGAGCUACAGGAGCUGUUUGACGUGGAGCGAGCAGAGCUGUAUUUGAGUGUCCUGAGGCAGCUGGUUGUCAUGUACAGUUCUACACCACUGUACCGUAAUAAGAUUCAGCAUUAUUAUUUCCCGAAACUCAUCAAGCACAGCCUCAAGAUCCUGCAAGAAUCAAGCGAGCAGAUUUCCUCUGUGGCACGCCAGGUGACCAGAGCGGUUGCUAUGGCAUCCCUGGCCACGAUCAGUGGUCUUGUGGGGGAGGAAGUGAUUGACAUGCAAUCAGAGACUAUUUCUGUUCUGAAAGCACUGAAUGACUACUUCUACAGUUCACUGUCAUCUUCCUCACCAAGUCAGCCAUCUCUGGGAAACAUUAAUGAACGCCUGCUGAAACCACAGACAGUAGACCGUUCUAGUGAUCUAGGAGUGCAGGGUGUACUGCUGCAGGACUGGGGACGUAUCGCUGCUAACUUUAUGCGAGACCAGUGGAUUUGUCUGAGCUUUCUGAUUAAGGCUGCUGGAAUUGCUGAGAUUUCCAGAGCACCAGAGACUCUCAGGGCUGCUCUGAGCUGCAGUGUGGAGGCCCUGGCACUGCUGCCCAGUGACCUGGUGCUGCCCGUUUUCAGCUUUAUGGAGACGGUGUUGCCACAAUUACUACUCGGUGAGGAGGCACUCUGUGUGGAGGCUGUGACUCUGAGCUGGGAGCUGGUGCAGGGACUGACCACUAAUGCCAAUGACUUCUGGCCGGUCCUGAAAGGCUUCAUCUCCAUGGCCUUCCACCAUGAACUGCUUGUGCUGGCACACACUCAGGCUCUGACACUUACAGCCACAUUGAAACAGAUUGCUACUGAGCUGAUGGAGCUGUCUCAGUCAAAAAGUGGAGUAUUUGGUGUGCUGCUUGAGCACUGCUGCCAGACAUGGCUGCCCACAGACCGAGGCAGCGGUGACCAGAACGACACCCUGUUUUCUAGUGUUUUCAGCCACAUCAACCUCCUCACUGAGGCUUGUGUCUACGGACCAGUGUUCAGAAGAGACCAGCAGCUCAUCCAGGAUGUCCAAACCUACGUGGAGCAACUCGGUGACGAGUGUGCCGCCAAUGUCAUAGUUGCAAGUGAUAACAGGGAUGAUCAGUUCCCCCGCACAUGCGUGCUGGCUUUCCUCAGCCGCCUGGAUCCUACCAAUCUGCAGCAUGAAAGACUGAUGGAAGAGCUAGUUAUGGCUUUGUUGAAAAAGGAUAGUGACAUAUCAAAGUCAAAAAUACGUUACUAUGGGAACUCCCUUCAACAUCGUGUCAAAAACAGAGUGUGGCAAACGCUGCUGCUGCUGCUGCCCAAGCUCAGAGAGGAGUUUGUCAGCACCAUGGUUUGCCAUGUUUUUGAAGCUGGAUUCUGCAGUAACCAGGCCUCAGUCAAGUACCUGAUCGAGUGGAUGAUGAUUCUGAUUCUCAUUCACUCUCCACAACACGUGGACAGCUUCUGGGCCUGUUUCAGCAUGGAUCAUGAAAAGACCAAGACAAGCAUCUGCACCUUUCUGUCAGUCCUGGUACAUUUUAGUGUCAUCAUUCCUCAUCUUAAGGAGAAGGCAGCACAGUUGCAUAAAGCGCUGGAUAUCAUUCUGCAGUGGUGUUUUAACCAUAACUUCAGUGUGCGCCUUUAUGCCUUACUGGCCCUGAAAAAGGUGUGGAGCUUGGCAGAAGCCCAGGUGGAGAAAGGGGUCGAUGGUUUGGGGGGAUUGUCCACUGUGAUCAAGUCCUGUUUGAAUCAGGCUGAGGCCAUGCAAAGCACCGGAAAUGCCAACAAAAACUGGAUAAGGAUUCAGGAGCACUUCUUCUUUGGUGCCUUUCAUCCUAUCAGGGAUUACAGUGUUGAGACCAUAUUUUAUACUUUUCCCACUCUGUCAGAGUUGGCUGAUGAUGAGUGGAUUCUACCCUGGAAGUUUGAGAAACUUUCUUGUUUCUCUGCAACUCCAUCUUUUCCUUUGAGAAAUCCUGCUCCUGACCUAAGCCAGCUCCAGCCUGGAGACUGGAUCCAGCAAGACAAAAGUGAGCUGGAUAAGGAGGAGCGCUGGGCUGAGGUGCAGAAGAAGAUCACUCCCUGGAGGUUGGGGAUUCAGGAUCAGGAGCCUGAACUCCAGCUGGUCCCACCACAGAGGGCUGCUCGACUGGGCAAACUGCACAGCGCUCUGCUGGUGGUAGCCUCACUCAUUGACAAACCCACCAAUUUAGGAGGCUUGUGCAGGACAUGUGAGAUAUUUGGGGCCAGUGCUCUGGUUCUGGAUAGCCUCCGCCACGUCACCGACAAACACUUCCAGUCUCUGAGCGUCUCAUCUGAGCUGUGGCUUCCUCUGUUAGAGGUGAAGCCUGUGGAGCUCGCUGACUUCCUGCAGGUAAAGAAGAGUGAAGGCUACUGUAUUGUUGGGGUGGAGCAGACAGCCAACAGUCAGAGCCUCCAGGACUACCAGUUCCCUGAGAAGACCCUCUUACUUCUGGGCAAUGAACGGGAAGGUAUUUCUGCCAACUUACUCCAGAUGUUGGAUGUGUGUGUGGAGAUCCCUCAACAAGGGGUCAUCCGCUCCCUCAACGUGCACGUGAGUGCCGCCCUGCUGAUUUGGGAGUAUACAAGGCAACAUCUCACCCCUGGCUCAACUGAAGUUGGCUCAACGGGCAGCUGAAGAAGAAAGCAGCAGUGCAGCCCUAUGGACAUGACAUCUGACCUCCUGAUAUUGACCUUACUUGCUCACCUCUGGUAGCAACUGUGAAAGUAAUCUUAGGGACUUGAAAUGAAAAUGUCAGCUUAAUCUUACUGUAGAUGAAGAUGCAGCAGUCAGUCAGUGGCCAGACCGUCUAGAUUUUUAUGAGCCGUCUAGAUCAGACUCUAUGCUGUCGGGCUUUUAUGUGGUCAGCAGUCAUCAGUGCUGUUCUGGUGUUUUAAUGAGAGUCAUGAAUGGAAAUCAGUUCUGAUUAUUACAUUUAAAUAUUCCACUGGGCAUGCUGUUAAUGGAGGCAAUCUCAGUGCUGGCCAUAGGUGCAUCUUAAAUAAACAUUUUCUGCUUUCAACAGGAGGUAUUUUAUGCGAGCAAUUAGCUUUUGCCUCAGAGCACCAGGACUGGACUGCCGUGUCCAGCCCCAGCAAACUAUCUACAGAAAUAAUGGUUAUUUUUUUUUUUUUUUUUAAAUAGGCAUAAUUCUCUGUGUUCCCAAUGUUUUAUUGCAGUUUGUGAUUUUAAAUCAAACUGCCAAUUUUGAUACAAUUUUAUAAAUAAAACCAUGACAUUUUUAUCUAUGUAACAUAUUUAUUUGUGGGUAGAGACUGCAUCAACAAAGGGAGCAGUGAAAGAGUUAAACAGGGUUCAGCUGGUGCUCGUGCGUCCUCCUCCCGCCCCUUAGAAAGGAGAUGGUUCACCUGGAGACCAGACAACCAGACUGGGAGCAGAUUGAGCAUGUUUGAUCGCCAAUUUCUUUCUCCAGCAAGUCACGGCUGUACGCAUUUCAAAAUGUGUGGAUAGCAGAUAGCGGGACAUGGACGACCCGGACGGCCCCUCUUCCAACCUGUGGUUGUCUCUACAGGCAGCAGUAGCAUCCAACUUGACCCGAACAGGGGGAGCAGGACCCGUGGUGCAUAGGCGGACCCAGCUGGUCUUGGAGAUCCUCAUGGUGCUGAUGUGUUUGGGCGCUGUGACAGGUAAUAUUCUUGUCAUUAUUAUUGUGGCUGCAAACAAGACUUUCCACACUGUGACGUCAGUGCUGAUCAUGAACCUGGCGAUCAGCGACCUCCUCGUGGGUGUCGGUGUCAUGCCUUUUGUUGCUUUGUCCGUCAUAAACCACAGAUGGGUGGAUUGUAAUGACCUUUGUUUGUAUGUGGGUUACACCUCCUCUGUGUAUUGCACAGCUUCUGUACUGACGUUAGCUGCUAUUGCUCUUGACCGCUACUACUCCAUCAUGGACUGCCUGCGUUACAGCUCCCGCUGCACCCCGUGGAGGAGCUGCGCUGUGGUCCUAUGGAUCUGGUUGCAGGCUCUGGCAGCCAGUUGCCCUCCCCUGCUGGGCUGGAGCUCCGUCAGCUAUGUGGUUCCCAUGUAUAGCUGUGCAGUGAACUGGGCCAGUAGUCCCAGCUACACGGCUUUCAUGGCUGCUCUUUCCUACCUCAUACCUGCAGUGGUCAUCCUCUUCUGCUACAUGAACAUUGUGAAGGUGGCUCGAAGCCAUGCCAGGAGGAUUCAUACACUGGAGGACUCUGUCCAACGCAGCAGAAAUCCAAGUACUGAGUUUGCUCCUGGUGAUUUAUCUCAGCAGCACUGUGGCAGCCUCC